UACGUGACAGCAGUGUUAUAAAAAGGCGAGUAUCUGAGACAGGAGAGCGAGAGACCAGCCGGUUCUUCUACAGAUAAAGAUCUCUGUACAAAGAUCUCCUCCUGUGAUCAUCUCACAUCUUCUACUGAACUCCAACAUCAAGUUCCAGCAGCUUGUGGUCUUCUGGUAGAUUUCUUCUCUCCAUCACCUCAUACAUACAUCAAACCAUCCUCACACACUCCACACACUCCUCAUCUCACACUGUCCUCAUCACACACACCUCCACCGUGUGUCAGGAUGAAGCUUCUCGCUCUGGUGCUCCUGCUCUCCACUUUCUCCUCACUGACCCUGAUGGAGGUUGUGAAGGAUUUUCAAAAGAUGUCUUGUUCCAAGUUCUUCAUCCAAAGACCACAUGGUACACAAAUCAUCACCCCGACUGUUUUCAAAGGCUCUAAGUAUAAGCCGAUUUGUCAGUGCCUGAACAACACAUACACAUUUGCUACGCUGUAUGACAUGAAUCACAGGAUCCCCGUCUACUCAGCCUACACGUUCUCAGGGGGAGAUCAGUCCAUGGAUAGGGAGGAGGAGUGGAAAAAUGAACCACAGCUGGAAGACAUGAGGAACAGUACAGAAAUGCAGAUCAUCUCAAAUGAAAAGAUGGGUGGGUAUUUUCACCAGGCUGUGAACAGAGACUAUAUACAGGAAAUUGGUAGAAUUGCUUAUACUAGAGGUCAUGUGUUUCCAAAUCAAUAUGCUGCUGAUCAGAAUCAGGCACAAUCCACCUUCACAUUUACCAAUGUAGCACCACAAACACAACACAGCAAUGGAGAAUGGGCAAGAGAAGUAGAGACACCGAUGAGGAAAGAGAUAAAGAGAGUGUGCAAUCCAAACAAUACAAACAAGACUUUUAUAGUGACUGGAGUAGUUCCAGGGAAUAAUUGGAUAUCCAUAACGAGAAUAGAUAAUAAUAAUAUAAAUAAGACAAUUGAUCAAGGCAUUAACAUUCCCAGUUUUUACUGGACUGCGUUCUGUUGUUACAUUAAUAAGAACACAACAAUUUCGAGAGCCUACCUCGCUCGGCAAAAUGAACCGAACCCCAAAUCUUAUGAAAUAACUGAUUUGAGUGUUGAUAUCCUGAACGGACGCCUCAGCGAUCUGUAUAAGGAGGAUUUCAAAGUAUUUGGUGAUUUGUGUUUGACUUGAGUACAGUCCAAGCUCGUUCCAUCUGAUUCUCUGGUUUGACCUAAAACUGCUUCAUCAAAUAACUUCAACAAAUGUUUAUAAUGAAUCAGAGAAUCUUUGGUGUGCUUUACUUCACCUGCAGACACUGAUUAUAUUCCUGUAACAAAACGUCCUCAAGUGUUUUAUUCCUCUUAUCCUACAGCAUUUUCUUACAUUUACACCUUUCUGUAUUAAAGAAAGACACAUAUUUAUAUUUUAUCUCUUUGUAGUUGUUUUGACUGUUUUUAAAUGAGUUGUGUUGUAGAAUUAGAAGGAAACAAACUGAUACCAAGCUGUUUGUUGUAUUUCUGUAUCAUUGGUACAUUACUGUCUGUUAAAUCACCUGCAGAUCUUUAAUAAAUCUUCAUUUCAUCAGA